GCGGUGAUACCGUGGUGUGGAGAAACCGAGCACCACGAGUCGAGCCACGGAGAGAGAGAUGGCGUGGGUCCCGAACGGAGCGCUAGGACAGGCGGGGGGGCACGCGACACAGCCGAGAGGAAGCAGAAACUAAAUUGAAAUACCAUUAAAAAGAGUCAAAAGGGAAAUACGAAUAUAUAAAAACUGGAAAGAAAAUCAUCAACAAAGACAAGAACAAUAUCAUCGAUAAAAAGGAUAUCAAAAACACCAAGCAACCAGGUUCCAAGCGACAAACCACAAGAUCAAAUCAGCGAAACGACAGGCAACUUUUCUUCCGUCGGGACUCAACUGUUCGGUGGAAAAUCCAUCCCUCUCCCUGGUCACAUAGAUGGUCGCCAAGCAUCAUGAACGCGCAACUGUCAAUGGAGAGCCUCGGCGACCUCAGCCAUGAGUCUGUGGCCGGUCCUGGAGAGCUGCUUGGCGGCCACAGCCCUCACCCCCGCCCAGGGGGACCCCGAGGGCUGGUGCACCGCUCCAUAGGCAUGACGAGCCUGCUGGAAGGAGGGGAAUACCACUCCCACCACGGACACAACACUGGACACCCCGGUCAUCACCUGCACCCUGCCAUGAGCAUGUGCGAGACUCCCCCUGGAAUGAGCGCGAGCACCUACACAACUCUCACCCCUCUCCAGCCCCCCCUGCCCCCUAUCUCCACUGUGGCAGACAAGUUCCCUCAUCAUCACCACCAUCAUCAUCACCCUCAUCCUCACCACCAUCCACAUCAUCAUCAGCGACUACCUGGUAAUGUCACCGGCAGCUUUACGUUAAUGAGGGAUGAGAGGGGCCUCGCGCCCAUCAACAACCUUUACUCCCCCUACCACCACAAAGAUGCCCCAGGGAUGGGACAGAGCCUCUCUCCGCUGUCUGGCUCUGGCCUGGCCGGGCUACACAGCUCCCAGGCCGGCCUGCCCCCCUACGCCCACCCUGGGGUCUCAGCCUCCAUGCCGGGGGAGAAGAUGCAACUGACACCCGGUGGGUUCGAGGCUCAUCACCCCACUAUGCUGGCCAGACACGCAGAUCAACACCUGACCUCUUCCGGGAACAUGCUCCACAUCAAUGGCCUCCACCACCACCACCACCCCCAUGCACACCUCGGAGCCUCAGGGCACAGCUUAGGUCACGGGAACCCCAGAGACAACAACAGCCACAGCCAGAACUCAGUGCCCGGAGUUCAAAUCCAGGGUGGAGGUGCUGGUACCGGUGGUAGUUCGGCGGGUCAAAUGGAAGAAGUAAACACAAAAGAAGUAGCGCAGAGAAUCACCACUGAGCUGAAACGUUACUCCAUUCCCCAGGCUAUCUUUGCCCAGAGGGUGCUGUGUCGGUCCCAGGGAACCCUGUCAGACCUGCUUCGAAAUCCCAAGCCCUGGUCUAAACUCAAGUCCGGCCGGGAGACGUUCCGUCGUAUGUGGAAGUGGCUACAGGAGCCUGAGUUCACACGCAUGAGCGCACUCAGGCUCGCAGGUGAGCGAACCCUCGCGUGCAAGCGCAAGGAGCAGGACCUGGGCCAUGGACACGCUCACAGCAAAGUUGGUGGAGAACGUGGUGGCAGCAGUGGCGGCGGCAACCACAGCGGCAAUGGUGGCCACUCCAAGAAGCCUCGGCUGGUGUUUACAGAUGUCCAGAGAAGGACCCUCCAUGCCAUCUUCAAGGAAAACAAGCGUCCAUCGAAGGAGCUUCAAAUCACCAUCAGCCAGCAGCUUGGCCUGGAACUGGCCACUGUCUCCAAUUUCUUCAUGAAUGCACGGCGACGCAGUCUCGACAAAUGGCUGGAUGAAAAUGGUGGCUCCUCCCACUCCUCUUCCUCUAGUUGCAGCAAAGCCUGAGGAGUAGGGGUGGGUGGGAAACAAGAAACAGUUUGUUGUUUCAACAAAGGAAAAAUAAGUUGCCACACUGACUUUUCUGUUACGUCAACUCAGGUAAUCAAGUGUUGAGUUGGCUGAAUUUUCUAUUAUUUAUGGUAUACGGUACGUUUUCAGUUGGUGUGGUGAUCUAGUUUUCUAUUUUGAAGCAGCCAUGAAGUUUUACUGUUGGUGGGGAGGCAGACUGAGACACUGACUCAACCUUGGUGAAAAAGCUUUGAAAUGUAGAAAUCAAGAGAAAAUAGGGAAAAGACCUGCAAGACAGAGGUUUGACCUUAUAGCCUGUACUUUAACAUUGCUAUUUAUAGUAUCCAAAGAAGAAACCAAAGACUUGUUUUGACUUGCUUUAAAAAAUAUUUUCUGGCAAACAACUCAUCCAAUCACUGGUCUCACAGCUUUAAUACCUCCCAGCCAUUGUCCUUAUCUUUGAUCUGAUUGGUCAGUUUGGGGAGCGCCUCUGGAUGGACAUUUAAAUCAGCCUAACAGUGUUGUGGUUUCAUACCAAUAGAAGGAGAUCCCCUGGGAUGGGCCAAUCAGCUAAGAGGGGGAAUCUUACAGGGGCCACAGAAUGUUCAGCAGCCGCUUGGAUGGGUCAGUUUCUGCCUGUCAGGAUAAACAGAUAUUUGAUUGGUCAGAGUUUUCUUCCUGUCAGGAACUCCUAAAAUACCCAGCCACACCAGGUAGAAGCUGCCAUAAACUGAUCAGGUUUAACUUAACAUAACCUUGCCCCCAAUCCUAUCACAUUAGAUAAUUAUUUAAUCUUUCUGACCCUGGAACAGUGAUUAGGGGCAUCUUCUACUUCCUCAACUGGAGGAGUAAACCGGGCUGGGGUAAAAUCACCCCAGUGGAGGCUACUAACCCUAACCCCAUAACCACUCCGUAGUGCUUUUUUCCUGCACAAGUUGUGAGAGUAAAUAUUCAAACCAAAGCUUUCUCCACUCCAGGGCAGGUAGUCCCUAGACUGUAUGCAGUUAUUAUACCAAAUCACAAUAUCACAGCAAGAAGUACAACCAAAGAAAAUGUCUUAUAUUUUGAUGUUGUAAAGAGUAUUUUUUAAGACCCGAGUGUGACUGUUAACCCUGUCCUUUUUUCCAUCUCUCUCACCUUACUUCUUCUCAUCCUCUCUCCCUCAAUCCGUCAAGCCCUACUCAACUCUUGCUUUCCCGCUCUAAGCUCUCAUUGUGUGGAUGUGGAUGGAUGCAACGCAGGCAGAAAGCACUACAGUGGCCUGCUGACCCAGUGUAUGGGUCAAACUAUGUAGGAUUGGUCAUCUGACUCUGUGUCAUCUGACUCUGUGGGCUGGGUUAGCUCUUCUGUACUCCUCCAUGUCUGUGGUCCCAGUUCUGUCUUUGGGAGUGGGAGUCAGAGUGGGGUUGGGGUGUCUUUGCCUCUGUCCAUGGGUCACUGGAGCUCUGCGGUUAAUGAGCAUUAAACCAAAUGCAGCAAAGCCAAGCAAGAGCUGCUUCCUUAUGUCACAAGGAAACAACAAAGAAGAGGAUUACAGAAAACGUCAAAUGUGUUAAGACCUACAGAUAUUUUAUAGUGUGAACCAAAGAUGCUACCUCACUCAAUUUCCAUUUGUGAUUUCUAUCACUUUGAUGAUACCAAAGAUAACCAAAGAUUUUGUCAUUGCACGGCCGACAUGAGUGACGUGGAUAGAAAGUUUACCAAAUGUCCUUACCCUAACCCGUGCCCCAACCUAUCCUCUUUUCUCGUCUACUCUCGUCCUCCUCUCGUCCUCCUCUCGUCCUCCUCUCGUCCUCCUCUCGUCCUCCUCUCGUCCUCCUCUCCUCCCCUUGUUCUGCAUGGUCUUUCUUCGUCUCUGCUCUUUAAUUAUAGAUCUAUAUAAACAUGAUACUAUGUUACAAAGAAAUGACACUCUAAACAUACAUUUGAAUAACUUCCUAGACAGACAUGUUGAUGAUGUUCUAGACAGUUUUGUUAUCAACAUUUUAGACCAGGGGUCCGCAACAAGCUAUACCACACCACAAGUCAUCUGAGGUGUGGUUUAAAAAAGGAAGACAACCGUAUGUGUUAUACCAAAGUGAUUCGUAAAAUGACCAAAACAUUUAAACAGUUAUUGGAGGAUGUGUCCGUUUUUUAAAACUGAAAUGACCAGGAAAUCAACUAGAAAUUAUCGAAGAUAAGCUAUGUUUUUUGCACUGUACACAAUUUUUUACAAUUCUAAUUAUUUUUCAGCCCUUGUAUCAUCCAACAAAACUGGCCAGUUGCUGAAUCUAGUUGCCUACCCCUGUUCUCGACAGACAGGUUGACAAGUUUCUAGAGUUGAAAGUUGACUGUGUUUUAGAAAGACAUGUUGACUGUUUUCUGAAAGGACAUGUUGGCAACACUUUCUAGAGAUACAUGUUGUCAACAUUCCAGAAAGACUUGUUAAAACAAUUAAAACAUUGAAAAGAAUUACAUUUGGACCAUUUUCCAAACUAUACAUACGUCUGAGAAACUCUCUAAAACUCACAGGACGAGUGCCUUGCUUUUACCAAAGUGUUAAACCGCUGUUGACCUCUCUAUGAUCUCUCUCACCUUAGACCUUUUACUCCUUUGAAUACCUCAGCCUGUAUAACCAUGCAAUGAAAACAUACCAAAGGAAUUUUCUGUUCUCCACUACUGCUAAAAUACCAAAGCUCUUCUUCUUGUCUCCCAUGCAAAUCCCUGACCCCCCCUACUCACCCACUCCUUCCCCAUCUCUCCUUCCAUCCUCUCCCCUCCCCUCUGAAGGAAGGCCCAGCACUCUGGCCAUGAGUGUGACUGAAUACCUCAUAGUGAGAACUCUGUGGUUCUGUAGAGUCGACAUGGGUCAGGCAGAAUUUAGAUAGUUCAGCAACUAAUGUUGUUAUUGUUACUUCAAAAAGCUUUAUGGUUAUUAUUUAUUUUAUGUUUUUUGGCAAAAGUGCUCUGUUAAGGUUUGUCCAGGACACGUUUCAGGUUUUUUGGAUUUGAAACUUGUCUGGAUGGAGAGAUGACUUGUACUAUUUUAAUAUCAGACGUUGGGUACUUAUUCCAAUAUUAUAAUAAUGGUAGACUAUUGUUUUUACAGGGUAAAACCAACAACUGCUGUGAUAAUGUGUCAAUAUCCUCUCCUUUUAUCUUCUGUGUUGUGAUGAUUUGAUUUUAAUUUAAUUGCAUUUUUGUAUUAUUGCUUAACCACUGCUUUAAUUUAUGCCUUUGUAGAAAAUCUAGAUGUGUAUAUAGUAGGUUUUUUGAAAGAAAACUAACAAAAGCAAAAAACAAACUGACAGUUUUGUGUUACAGCCUUAUAACAGUUCUGCUUAGAUCCGAUGAAGAAGUCAAUUUGUAUUCUUCUUCUAAUGUAUCUCAGCUCCAUCCUUUCAAAUACGUUCUGAACACUGCCAGAGACCACACCGUUGCCCUGAUAAGGGACCGAAACCCGUCUGACACUACACCCUAUUUCUUAUGUUAUGCACUACUACUGGCCAGAAACACAUGGUAAAUCCAGGGAGGUGAUCAGGACCACAAUGAACAUCAGGAAAAUCUGGAUUUUAAGGGAUAUGUCUGUCUCAUUUACAUACAUGUAGGUGGAAUUGCAUCUCUGCAACUCUUAUCCCAGUAGUGCAGUAGUUAAUAGGGUGUCAUUUCAGUUUGCAGACAGAAGUUCUACAGUUGUUCCAUACUUUGUUCAGCAGCAGUGAAACAAGCAGCAGUGUGUAAUAUGUUUCCUGUUCUUUUUCAUUUUUAAAAGGAAAUUGUUAUUAAUUGGUAUACAUGAUUAUAAUGCACAUCCAAAGAUUUCAUAGACAAACCAAAAAGAGGAGGAAAAUAGAUAAAAUAAACAAUGUACGACGUGAAAAAAGGCACUGGCAUUUGUGAGGUUAGAAGACGUUGGGUUUUGAUUUACCAUUUGCAGCACGGGUAUAGAUGUUAGUAAAGAGCGUAGGCCUGGGGCUUCUGUAGUCAAGGUUACUCAGCCGUGUGGGGAAUCUCCUGUUUAAAUGUACAAUCUAAAGCACUGUUUCAAACCAAACCGGGGCUGCAAGUCCUCUUAGUGUUGCUCAGCCCAGUCCUUUGGUGCCUGCUGCACACUGUAAAGCCAAGCCCAGCUGUACUGUGGCGGCCUGGAAAUGCUAAUGUGUAAAUUUGGUGUAGGACCAACAACCAGUUCACAUAUAAGGUCUAUUCCAACACCAUCACUCCUUAUUCAACUAAGUCAACUAAUCAUAAAGCCCGUGACUAGUUUAGUCAGGGGAGUCAGUGUUGGAACACAUCACAUGUGAAACAGUUGGUCCCUGAGGACUGUUCUGAGUCAACUUUGCUGUGUGAUACACAGAGGGAGGUGGGGGGAGUCAGGGGCAUGUGGAUUAAGUUAGUGGUGGGAUGGGUGAGACAGCAGGCCGGCCAGAAGCCCAGGAUCACAGGGUUCUUCACUGCAUCUCAAAUGUUGUCCUAUUCCCUAUAUGUAAUGUAGUGCACUAUGAAGGGAAUAGGGUGUGAUAUGAGACACAGCCCUUUCAUUCCUAAUAAUAAAGGGUCCCUGCCGUCUAGCUCCACCCACUGUCUGUUGUUUGGUGCAAACUCGUGUAAUGACAAUGAGCAAAGUCUAAUAAAUCUGCUAAGAAACUUCUACCAAGGUAUCAAUGUGUGAGUGUGUCAAGGAGGGACAGCAAUUCUCUGGUUUCAGUGUGUGUGUUUGUGCUUAAGUGUGUGCAUGUAUGUUCAGUGGACUCAGUUGUGAACUUCCCAGUAGGAACAGGCCUUUAUAUGGUGGAUCCUGACAAUGGAGCCAGAUGUUUUAGCUUUCAGACCUCAAACUUUGUCAUUCUCUGUAAGACAAACCAUUCUAUGGGAAUAGUCUAACUACAGACAAGAAGAGACAAGUAGUCAAAGUACAUUGUAUAAAUAAACAGGCUUGUGUGUGUGAUCUGUCUGUCCGUUCAUCUGACCGUCCAUUUGUGUUUGAGCAUAUCUGUGUGAAUCAGGAGGUUUCCCUAAUCAUGCUGAGUAGCUUGCCCACAAGUCCAAUCACUGUACUGCAGCGUCUGAGACAAUCAGUUGUUAGGGCAGAUCUGAGGUGGUGCCCUAUUCUUUAAAAGUAGUGCGUUGAAGGGAAUAGGUUGCCAAUUUGGAUGUGGCCUCAUACACAACUACAAUAUAAGGGGCUCUUCCAGAGAUUACUCAUAUGAUAAAGUGGUCUGGAAGGUUUUGAUAAACUAAAGAAAAACUAAAACAACUUGCAAAACAAUUUCCCUGAGAAAGUUGUUUUGAAGCAGCCAGUGAGAGUAUUUCUCUGUCUAUCUGUUCUCUGAAACUCUGUGUCCUUCAUAUCAAUCAUCACAGUCAGAUGCAUACAAAUACAUCCCCAGUGUUCACUAGUACUUGGCUGUGUUCUCAAGACCUAAAUGGACCCCCUCUACCUGGUAAUUCAGGUCUUAAUAAGGAACUUCCCUUGCCUGGUGAACACAGCCAAGUACUUUAACUUCAUGUUUUUAGAUCUCUGAUCACAGUUUCUAGUUGGGUUUCUUUGUAUGGUGGGUUAGAAGGGGGUUGGGUUAGGUGACAUUCUCCCAGGCUCAUAGAGAGGUUCACAGUUCUUGUCCUGUGUCCACAAAGCACCUCAGAGCAGGAGGCCUGAUCUAGAAUCCUUUUUGCCCUUUAAAUCCUAAUGAAAUGGGGCAACACUGUCCCAGAUAAGACCUAAGACUCAGAGACACACUCUCGUUAUGGGUCACAGUAGCUUGGUUGGUGUUACAAUUUAGGUUCUUUACUCCUGGCUUUGUUACUGCUCUCUCAGUGCUGUGCAAGUUCAUCUGCUGUGUUUGCAAAGUAAAAGUAAGAGGAAAAAAAUAUGAAAAUAUAAAAGAGAAACAAGCGAAUAUGUCAUCCAGCUUUUGUUUUUCAGUGUUAAAAUGUAACAUGUUCUGUAGUCACUAAA